GGGCAGAUAAGAAAGGUCUCUGAACACUUCUCAACUUCUGAGAUUUCGUGGUGUAUGAAUGUUGAACUGCCUGUCUGACACGUACUGAACACUUGACUGGGUUUACUUAAGGUUUUCCACAGAUUAUCCUGGCAGAUAAUGUUUGGCCAGCUGGUUAUCGGGCCUCCAGGCUCAGGCAAAACCACCUAUUGUCAAGGAAUGAGUGAGUUCCUGACUGCUGUGGGGCGAAAAGUGUCAGUCAUCAAUCUGGAUCCAGCCAAUGAUCAGCUUCCCUACACAUGUGCAGUGGACAUUUCUGAGCUGAUCACACUCGGAGACGUGAUGAACCAGUUAAAACUAGGACCUAAUGGCGGGCUAAUUUACUGCAUGGAAUAUCUGGAAAAAAAUCUUGACUGGCUCGAAUCAAGAUUAAAAAGUCUCCAGGGUCAGUAUUUAUUAUUCGACUGUCCAGGACAGGUGGAGUUAUACACCCACAAUAAUUCCAUCCGCAACAUUGUUGCACAGAUCCAGAAAUGGGACUGUCGACUGGCAGCUGUACAUCUUGUGGACUCUCAUUACUGUAGUGAUGCAGGAAAAUUUAUAUCUGUUUUGUUGACGUCUUUGUCAACGAUGUUACAAGUGGAACUUCCUCAUGUCAAUGUACUCUCAAAAGUGGACUUAAUAGAGAAGUUUGGGAGGUUGGACUUUAAUGUUGACUUCUACACAGAAGUUUUAGACCUGUCUUACCUGUUAGACCAUUUGCAGGAAGACCCGAUUUUCAAGCGCUACAAGAAGAUGAAUGAGGCUAUGGUUGGUUUAGUGGAGGAUUACAGUCUCGUGUCAUUUGUGGCUCUCAACGUUCAGGACAAAGAGAGCAUGUUACGCUUGAUGAAGGAAGUUGAUAAGGCUAAUGGCUAUGUGUUUGGGGAUUUGGAAGAACGGAACAUCGAGUCCAUGUUAUCCUGUGCGGUGGGAGCAGAAUUUCAGUACGAGAAGAUCAAAGAUGUCAGGGAAAAGUACACACACGCUGGAGGAGCCAUGGAGACGGACUCAGGGGAGACAACUUAUUCUGAGCGCCAAGCGAGGCAGCAACAAGUACCAAUUUGACAUGGCCCGACCUGGAUUUGAUCCCGGGUCUCCUUACUUCGAGGCGGACGCUCUAACCAUUCGGCCAUCGAAUACAACAGUACG